AUGGCAUCACAGAACCCCGAAGUGCUCGCCGCGCAAGCAGCCCACACAGCCCUCCUCGAGCAACUUGACAUCCACUCCAUCCACAAGACCUUCCGCAACCCACACUGGCGCCCCAACCAGCGCCGCAACAAGAACAUCAAGACCAUCCUCGGCGACGCCCAAAAGAAGGAAGCUUCCGUGAUCGCUACCCCCCAAGACGCCAGCGGCGCCGCGACUCCAAAAGACCAAAACGACGACGGCCUCUCAACGAGUGGGACGUCUACACCCGCCAGCAGCGGCGGCAACAGCCUUCAACCCAACCUCGCCCAGGCGUCGAGGAGCCUGUCGAAGCUGGUGCUGGAGAAGUCAUUAAACAACAACAACAACAAGCAAGGCAAUGGAAACGGCAACGGAGCCACGUCCUCUGCCCCAAUCCCAACAUACACCAACAUCGAAGGCGCUCCUAGUCUAGCUCCACAGAAGCGGUACUGCGACGUCACUGGUCUACCAGCACCAUACAUUGACCCCAAGACGAGACUAAAGUAUCACAACCGGGAGGUGUUUGGGAUGAUUCGAUCUCUGCCCAAUGGCGUAGGGGAGCAAUUCUUGGAAGCCAGAGGGGCUCAGACGAUACUGAAAUAG